AUGGCAAAGUUUUCUGCAGAAAAUACAUCCUUAUUACCAACAAUUAAUCCUUAUAAGGAUGAUAAAAAAGCAAGUUUAAUAGAACGUUUAUCUGAACAGUUAAUUAUUAGUAUGGAGAAAUUAGGGCUUAGACAUGUUAAUAAGAGUUCAGUGACAUCUGCAUUUUUUGCACUUGUUAAUACAACAAUGGGAGUGGGAGUACUUGGACUUCCAUGGGCAUAUAGUGAAAAUGGUCUCCUCCAAGGAAUUUUAUUAACUCUUCUCUCUGGAAUAUUUUCAAUCUUGGCGUGUGUAUUACUUUCUGAAAUAUCAUUGGUAUUAGAUAAAAAUGGUGAAAAUGAAGCCGUCACAUACUACACAAUUGCAGAAAAGACAUUUCCAAAACUGAAAUCAAUUAUAGAUAUGUCAAUUCUUGUUAUGUCUUUAGGUGCAUGCAGUACUUAUCUUAUUGUAGUUGUGUCUGUAUUGCAAACUUUAUUUGAACCAUUCUUUCCAGAUUCAAUGAGUGGAUCAACAGUUCGAACUUUAAUUUUAUUUGCAGUUGUUAUUUUUGUUAUUGGUCCUGCAAGUUAUCCUACAACAUUAGCUGAAUUAACAAUAAUAAAUUGGAUAGCUGUAUUUUCUUCUUUAUAUGUGGUAAUUGUAGUAAUGUAUUCUUUUCUUUCUCAAAUUUCCCAAUUACCAAUCUUAUUACAAAGAGUAGAUCUAUUUAGUACAAAUUCUGCUAUUAAUCUUUUACAGACAUUCCCAAUAUAUGUCUUUUCCUUUACAUGUCAUCAUAACUUUUUAAAUGUUGCUAAUGAAUUGGAAAAUAGAACACUUUUUAGAUUAAUCAUUACAUGUAUCUUAUCAAUUGGAUUUUGUAUAAUUGUGUAUAUAUUUAUGGGGAUCAGUGGUUACUUAUUAUUUGGAAAUACUUUAAAAUCUUCAGAUAUUCUUAGUAUGUUUGAUACAUCAACUACUAUUAUUCUUAUUGCUCGAAUUGUUUUAGUAUCUUCUUUGGUAUUUUCCUUCCCAGUUUCUUGUCAUUCCUUUAGAAAAUCUUUAGCAAUUAUUAUAAAAGGUGGACAAGAUGCUGAUAGCUCAUUUCCAAAGGAUAGAUAUAUGUUACGUUCAAUUACUCUUUUAUUCCUCUUCAUAUGUACUACUAUUGCAUUCCUUACUACUAAUCUUGGAUUAACAUAUGAGCUUAUUGGUUUAUUUUGUUCAAAUACAGUUUGUUAUUUUCUUCCAGCAGUUUUAUUUCUUAAAAUCUUUUGGGAUAAACCUUUGGGACCUCUAAAGAUCUCUGCCAUUAUAUUAUUGAUUUUCUCAGUUUUAGUAUAUCCAGUAUGUUUCUCAGCAAUACUAUAUCCUUAUUUUUAUAGACAAAAUAAGUCGUAA